CCGCCAUGGCAGUGUAAAGUAGAACCCGCGCCUAUCCCCUCUUGACCAGCACCGCUCAUGAUACAUAACUGCUACCGCUUCGAUGGACGGGACUGGGAACGCUGAGCCCGCAGGCUUGGGAGCCACCCAGGAAACUACUCCGUCUAGCACCCCACUAAAGCGAGAUAAUAUCGAGCAGCAAGACUUUGUAAACCCGACAAUUAACAUAAUACAGAGUCUAUCGCGAAGAACGAGCGUGAGUGGACUAAGCGCCAUCUCAAGAGAGGGAACACCGCCGCCACUACCGCCGAGACCGAAGACUCUUACCUUCUUAGGUUCCAGGCCAAGUACCUCGCAUUCUAUGGCGCCGCCCACGAGGCCGCGCAUGGUGUCGACAGCGACAACGCAAAUCUCGUAUACGGACACGCAGGUUUAUAAUGAUGAGUCCAUUGAAGAGUCGGCUUCGUCGAGCACUUCGCGAACCAAGAACUACUUUGGGUUGAACAUAAGUCGGAAUGCGAGUGAUAUGGACGACAGCGUGAGCGUGAAAAGCUUUGCUCCUACAUUAGGGGGAGUUGGCGAUGCAGAAAGCAUGUUGGGCGAGGUCCUUGGGGAUCACGAGAAGUCGCUCCUCAAGUCCUUGGGACAUCGUUUUUCUGACAAGGAGUCUGAGAGCCUGUUCCUACCAAAUCCCGAGUUGGAGGACGCUUUCGAGCACGAGUUCGACGAGGUCGAGGAUAUGAAGGCGGAUGGGUCAAACGAAGAAGCGGUUAUGCUCCAAUGGCGCGCCAAGCUAAAACAUUUCUUAAUUCUCUCGAGUGCCGGAAAGCCCAUCUACAGUCGACAUGGCGACGACCAAUUGAUUACGAACUAUAUCGGGGUUGUGCAGACCAUCAUUUCUUUCUAUCAAGGCGCCAAUGAUGUCCUACGAAGCUUUACUGCAGGAGAUGUCAGAUUUGUGGUCAUGACAAAGGGCCCCUUGAACCUCGUCGCCAUCACUCGUCUCCCAGAGAGCAACGCCCAGCUUCGCGCACAGCUAGAUGCUUUGUAUAUGCAAAUCCUCUCGACCCUCACACUCCCUAGCAUGGAACGGAUGUUCGCAAACCGGGCAUCCUACGACCUUCGCCGGCCUCUUCAAGGUACAGAAACGCUUCUCUCUGCUCUCGCAGACGGCUUUACUCGAGGGUCGCCUUCCACGCUUCUCUCCGCAAUCGAAUGCCUUAAAUUACGCAAGUCGUACCGUCAUACUAUAAACACCACGUUCCUGAAAACUCGCUCUGAGAACUUACUCUACGGCCUCAUAGUCGCGUCCGGGAAACUCGUCUCCGUCGUUCGGCCUAAGAAACACAGUCUUCAUCCUGGAGAUCUCCACUUGAUCUUCAACAUGCUGUUCGAAGCCGGUUCUGUCAAAGCUGGUGGUGGGGAGAACUGGAUCCCGCUCUGUCUACCAGGAUUCAACAACACCGGCUACCUAUAUAUGUAUGUCAGUUUCCUAGAUCUAGAGAACCCGACCGAACAAAUCCAAGAGAGACCAAGAAGUCGCGAGGCCGAGGGCGACGAAGUCGCGAUUUUAUUAAUCAGUGCAAGCAAAGAGGGGUUCUUCGAGUUGCGGGGAAUGAGAGGUGACCUCGUCGAGCAAUUGCAAAAGAACGGGUCGAUUGAUCGAAUACGAACAGCGGUUAAGCAGGGUCGGCCGAGCUGCACUGAUAUCGUGCCUGGGAGCCCGUUGCGCCAUUUCUUGUAUAAGUCACGAGGGAACGUGCAGUUCACAAUGCCUGGGUUUGAUGCUUAUUUCAAGUCUCCUAUAGAGCGUCGGCGGCUGAUGGAUUUGUAUCACCAGUUACAUGCACACCUGCAUACGAAACCCACACAUUUGAAAAUCUUACAUGAAACUUGUACCAUGAACAUUAGCCUCGCAUGGUCGACACCCUUGUUUGAAUUGUAUGCCGUAGCGCCGAAUUCGACGUCUAGAGCCGCGUUGGCGCAGGCGGCGAAUAAAAUUAUUCAGUGGGUGAGAAAGGAGGAGGAGAGGGUAUUUAUUAUUGGAGGUGCGGUGUUUUGAGGAAGCGGGGUGGAAAGGAGUGGUAUAGAGUAUGAUAUAGAUAAGAGAGGAUAGGAAGAGGUAGCGAGCGUAGAGGUGUGCAUAUGAUUGUCAGCAACAAGAUACCCAAGAGAAAGAGUUAUCAUCGCAUUCAUCAGACAUACCUAUCUUGGAAGCUCAAGAUUCGAGCAAUAUUUCACUACUCCUUGGGUCGUCUUGUACUUCUGGCAAGAUGCUUAAAGACUCUGGAGUAUUGGUAAGCUACAUUAUAAGAGCCUUUAGUGUAUUGCGGAUUUGUAUAAAGCGCCCAUUGCUCUUGCUUUUUAUAUUCCCUAGAGGAAUACAUCGACCCGCAGGCUUUAUACAUGGUACACUUUCAAGCUUCCAUUCUACCAGCUUGAGAUGUUAUUAGCCACCUCUCUGC